AUGGAACAAUCAAACCACCAUGAAGUGUUCAAGUCUAUCUUGGACAAUGAUUUGUACAAGUUUACUAUGCAACAAGCUGUAAUUCAACAUUACAAAAAAGAUGUUCCUGUUGUAUAUCAGUUUACAAAUCGCGAAAAACACCUUUCUCUGAAUACUGAAUCUGUAAAAUGGCUUAAAAAACAAGUCAAAGAUUUGGAACUUCUUAAAUUGACAGAAUCUGAACGCGAUUAUCUUUCGCGCUUGCCCUACAUGACAAAAGAAUAUGUUGACUACCUCUUUACAUUCCAAUACAAACCAUCUGAGCAAGUCAAUAUUGAAUAUGACGAAAGUACGGGUGACUUACAAUUAGAAGUAACAGGAAAGUGGCAUGAAACUAUCUUAUACGAGGUUCCUUUACUCGCUUUGAUUUCUGAAGCCUAUUUCCGAUUUACAGACCGUGAUUGGAACUAUGAAGGUCAAGUGGAACAAGCUGCUGAAAAGACAAGAAUACUUUUGGAACAUGGCUGUAUAUUUUCAGAAUUUGGUACUCGCCGAAGACGUGACUACAAAACACACGAUUUGGUCAUGAAUGCUAUUCAUAGAACACACCAAGAAUACAAAAAGAAAUGCGAAGAGGCUGGUGUACCUACCAAAGGCAAUGUAUCUGGUACAAGUAAUGUUUAUUUGGCCAUGAAAUACAAUGUACCUGCUGUAGGUACCUGUGCUCAUGAAUUUUUCAUGGCUGUGUCUGCAUUGGAAGAUGUUCAACAUGCAAACCGUGAAACCUUGCAUAUUUGGUACGAGGUAUACAAGGGAGCACUUGGUAUUGCUUUGACAGAUACUUUUACUACCGAAAUCUUUCUUCGUGACUUUGACCAUGAUUUAGCCACUCAGUUUGCAGGUGUGCGUCAAGACUCGGGUGAUGCCUUUGAAUUCAUUGACAAAAUGGUUGCACAUUACAAGUCUGUUGGUGUGGAUCCUAGCACAAAGACGAUUGUGUUCUCUGAUUCACUUAAUGUGGAAAGAGCCAUCAAACUUCAUGAACGUGCUACACAAGCAGGCAUUCAAUCUAGUUUUGGUAUUGGCACCUCAUUCACCAAUGAUUUCCACAAGAUCAGUGAUGUCAAUACCAAGAGUAAGGCUCUGAAUAUCGUCAUCAAGCUUAGAGAAUGUGCUGGCAAGCGUGUCAUCAAGUUGAGUGACGAUCCAUUAAAGUACAGUGCUGAUGCUAGUACUAUUUCAGCCUUCAAACAAACAUUGGGUAUUGUUAAUUAA